GGCAUCGCAUGAAAGAUCGGGAUUGAAUAAAUUCCCCUUCUGAGUCCACCGCGACAGCCAUACUGUUCAAGGGAAACUCUGCUUUAUAGAAAGACAAAUCUGCGUUUCUUGAUCGUCAAAGAGAAAAUCUAGGUGUGAUAUUCUAGAGAGAGAUAUACCAGCAGAAGAAACAUGUCUUCAUUCGAUGAAUUCAGCGUCGACGGAGAAGAGCCUAACUCCAACUACGCCUCUUACUCCAACUACGGCUCCUACCCAAACUUUGCCCCUGUAGAAGACUUCUCCGGCGACCAUCACCACGUUUCCGGAGGGUUUCCGGCGGAUGGAGAUGUCUCCGUAGAUCACGCGCAGUCCCCGGAGAUCUUCGGCUAUGGAUCUUCCUCCGUGGAUGCUGAUCCGAACCCUAGCUACUCGCAGUCUCCCUUUGGUUCAGUUCACGUGGAGAAUGGAAACGGCAAUGGCUACGGCGCGGGAGAUGAUGACAUAUUCGCCUCAGAUGGACCAGUGCUGCCUCCACCUGGCGAGAUGGAACCAGAGGAAGGAUACGCCCUUCGCGAAUGGCGAAGGCAAAAUCAAAUUUAUCUCGAGGAGAAGGAGAAAAAAGAGAAGGAAUUGAGACUCCAGAUUAUUGAAGAAGCUGAGGAGUAUAAACGAGCUUUUUAUGAGAAAAGGAAGCUUAACGUAGAGACUAACAAGUCUAAUAAUAGAGAAAAGGAGAACCUAUUCUUGGCCAAUCAAGAGAAGUUCCAUAAAGAGGCAGACAAACAAUAUUGGAAGACUAUAGCAGAACUUAUUCCACAUGAGGUUCCCAAUAUUGAGAAAAGGAGAGGCAAGAAAGAUCAAGACAAGAAGCCAUCAAUAACAGUCGUCCAGGGUCCAAAGCCUGGGAAGCCCACUGAUCUGUCACGGUUGCGACACAUACUUGUAAAGCUGAAGCAUACACCCCCACCUCACAUGGUGCCACCCCCACAAGCCCCUGCUAAGGAUACCAAAGACGGGAAAGAUUCCAAAACUGGAAAGGGCACAUCAGGAAGUGCAGCUGCGUCGGCAGCUAACGGUGCACUCGCAUCUGCUGCUAAAGAUGCCACCUCUGAGGGUUCUUCCAACUCAACACUGCAAGAGGCUCCUGCUGCUGAUGGCACUCAGCUUGCCUCUGCAUCUGAGCCCACACCAGCAACCUGAUUGCUUACAAUAAUGCCCUUCGUGGAUUCUUUUUAUUUUUCAUAUCAUAUGUGCUUUCUCUCUCAAUUUUCUCUCUGUUGAUGUUUCUUAUCCGACCAUGUGAUUUGUUUGCUGUUUUGCCGUGCAAGGAUUAGGACUUGUUGGCCCUCUGUGUUUCUUUGCUUUGAAUAUGCCUUUGAUAAAUUACCUACGCCAUGUAUGGACUCAAUUUUUUGGAUCGAAAAUCGUAUGUCUUUAAACAAGAGUAGAUAAUAAGGGCAC